UAGGCCAUAAACAUGGUUAGUUGAGGUAGCUGGAGCCUGGAUAUGUGUGGGGCAUUUCAUAAACAACAGGGAGUAGAGCAGAGCUCUUUCACAUUAAAUUUGAUUGACGCAGAACUGCAAAUGGUGAAACGAACCGGAUCGAAUCUGAUAUCUAGUAUGAAGAAAUCGAAAAUCCUUUGCCUUCACGGUACUCACAGUAGCGCUGCGAUCCUGAAAGAAGGGCUUGAAGUAUGGCCUUCAAAUGUACUGGACAGGAUGGACCUUGUGUUCAUAGAUGCUCCUUUUCGUGUCGAAGAUGAAGAUUUUCCGGCUUUUACCUGGUUUAACGCUCAAGAUGUAACCAAAAUGAACAUCAUGUUCAAUGAGUCCAUAGCAUACAUUGAGGAAACUAUGGUAAAGCUUGGCCCAUUUGAUGGGGUUCUCGGCAUGUCUAUGGGAGCUUGUGUAGCGGCUGCCUUACCAGGAAUGCAAGCCCAGGGUGUUGCUCUCACCAAAGUGGAAGAUUUAAAAUUUGUAAUGGUGAUGUCCGGAAGUAAAUUAGAAUGUAUAGGGGGUGAAGCUCCAAAGCUAGCCGAAAAUGCAUUUUCCUCUAUAAUUCAGAUUCCCUCACUCCACUGCUUCGGUGAGAACGACUUUACAAAGUUGAAUGCGAUUGAACUAUUGGAUUCAUUUCUUGAUCCUUUUGUUAUUUUUCACUCCGGGGGUCAUGAGAUACCAAAACUCGAUGAAAAAGGUUUGAAAGUAAUGAACAGUUUCCUGGACAAGGUUCAAGCCUCAUUUGCAGCUCCUAAAGCGAUCCGCUCACUUAUGUAGCUCUGUCAACAAAGAGGAUGUUGUCUGAUUAUCUGAUGCAUCAAGUACCAAACACAAGAUACUGCUUUCUAUCACACUGGACUUUGUCACUUCUGCUUUCUGCUCUUCCCCUUCAGACUUGUAUUGUUGUACCCACUGCGACUACACCAAUAAUUCACCGUUUUUACCAUAAAAUGGUAAAAGUACUAUUUCAUUUCGGGUCCAUUUCAGGUCAAUCUGUAAUUUUUAGACCACUUUCAAGUUUUGUCUCAGUAAAUCGGAUUGCAGAUUCGGGUCGGGUCUGAAAUUGUCAUAAUGCCAUCCUUGCGUUUAUAAGCUGUUAUUUGUUGUCAAUUUGUUUGAAAA